CGGGAGGAGGAGCGGCCCCCGGCGGGCUCACGUGGAGCCGCCGCGGCGAACAAAGCUCCUCCGUCCUGCGGGAAGCGUGCCGCCAGCGGGGCCGGAGCGCGCCUGGGGCUCCGCGGCGGAAGUUGCGUGGAGGGACCGACAUCAGCGCGGCUCCUCCGGUUCUGUGCGGGGCGGGGAGCGGGACGCGCUCGGAGCUCUCGUCCCCUGACUCCGUUUUGUAAGAAGAUGAGGAGCAAAAAGCAGUGUAUUCAAGAUACAGAGGGUCAGAAGCAUGAAGGCAUGGAAGGUGAAGAAAUGGAAGAAAGCUGUUCCUGUUCUACUUUAUUACAUGAUGGUGACACAUGCCCCAUCUGUCUGAACUGCCUUCUGGAGCAGGAGAUUGGUUUUCCUGAGAACUGCACUCAUACUUUCUGCAUGACUUGUAUUCUUAAAUGGGCUGAGAUGCAGGCUUCCUGUCCUAUUGAUCGCAGACCGUUUCAAGCAGUAUGUCAGCUUGGUGCAUUAGAACAGGUAAAGGUUCAGGUAGAAAAACAGCAAAAGAGAAAGAAAGAAGAGGAAUACUGUGCCUGGAAUAAGGAAAAAUGUAGCCAUGCAAAGAUGAGAAGAUUCCUGAGGGGAGCUGUAUGUUCAGACAGAGGGCCUUUAGCAGCAAAACUGAGCAAAGUUGUGAAGAAGAAAUACAGUAAUAUUUUGUAUGACAAACAAAACAAGAAGUCUCUGUCUAUGAAGACCAGAAGACAGACCUGCUGGAAUGAGUGCUUCAGAACUGGUUUCUAUAGUACGCUUCCAGCUGGCGGUAGCAAUGAAGAAUCCUUUCUUAGCUGUAGAAAUAACUGUACAGAAUUCACAGAAGUCAAUGCAGUGAUCAGGCAGAAGAGACAAGAACUGGAAUUGUCCUGUUCGUCAGUGCUGGCUAGAGUUGAAAGAAUUCCUUUAGUGUCUUACGGAGCUGAAGCUGAGACCUUUCUUCUCACUUCUCCUACAGUGGCGGGGGCAGUUCUUCCAACAACUGUCAGGCCUUUGGAAAACUUUGAAUCUUUAGGGAAAGGAUAUGCUGUUGCAUGUGCCCAAGAAGGAGAAGAGAAAAAGCAAGCAUCAGGUUCAUCUGGCACUAGGGGAGCUAGAAGGAAGUCUGUUAAUACUACUCCUAGAAGAAGGUCUGCGCGGAACACCAAAAAUGAGACUCUGAGUCAGUCUCGGAGCUCACCUCGGUCAAGCAGUUCUGCGUGCAGUGCCCCUGAUGGCAGUAAUCCACCUCUGAAUAAAUCCUCUUCAGAAUCAGAGAAUGUUCCUCCAAAACGGAAGUCUAAAAGAAUAGUUAAACAACGAACACCUCUGGCAAAAAAGAAACUGAGAAGUUCUGCACGUUCUGAAAAAUCAUCCAGUGAUUCAGUGGAUGAUGAUGACGAUGCUGAGUCUGAAGCAGUUCUAACAGUAGAUAAAGACCAGCAGUCAGAUAACGAAAGCAGUAGUGCAAACCUUCCACAGAAAAAUGAUGCAGAAACAGAAUCUGCUAAUGGAUUGGAAAGCUGUAAUGAACAUGCAGAAAUUGAGGAAACUGCAGGAGAAUGUGAGGAAGAUACUUCAGGCAACGGAGAUGUGAGUUUCUCUGUCCAAACAUCUCCAGUAUUAGCUUUAGGAGGAGAAAGUCAGGAAUUUGAAAUAAAAGAUCUUAAUGAAAAAAAUAUAGAACUUAAGAGUCAGGAUGCCUGUGAAAAUACUCCUGAACAAAUGGAAACAGCGUCUAGUCCCAGGGUUGAACUGUGUGACCGUGCAACAUUUGAAAAUUUAGAUGAGACAGUGUGUAGUCCUCAGAAAGAAUUACUUGAGAACAUAAAUACUUUGACGAAAGUACAUCAACCAAUAACUAGUCCAGAAAAUGAAUUGCUGGAACAUCCAGAGUCUUUGGAACAAGAUCAACCAUUAGAGAGCCCCAGAACUAAAUUGCAUGAGCAUAUGGAAACCACAGAAGAAGAUGAUUCUAAGGCAGAUGAAAAGACAACAGUGGACUGUGCAAGUACAAAUACUCAAAACUCUAAAACUGAUAAAGAACCAGAUACGUUAAUAUGCAAUGCUUCUAUAGACAGUACAUCGGAGCAAGCCUUAAAGGAAAGCCCCAUGCCAGAGGGUGAAGAGAGCAGAACUUCAGAGUCACUUGUGAUAAAUGCUGAACAUAAACAUUUUGGUGAGGAUAACAAUGAAAUGAUACCAAUGGAUUGUGAUUCAUUUUGCAGUGACCAGAAUGAACCUCAAAGUGAACAGUUGCCACCAGCUGAAAGUGUAGAGCAGGGAAAAAUGGACUCCUUACAGUGUGAUGCAGCAAACUCUGCAUCAGUGUCAGGAUUUUCUGAUGAAAAAGAUGAAACUAUGCGCCAAGAAGGAGAGUGUCAGUCAGAACCCAAAAAAGACAAAAAGACUCGAACGAGACGGUCUCGAUUUCACUCACCAUCAACAACUUGGUCUCCUUCUAGGAGAGAGGGCAGGAAAUCUCAGUCACCGUCCCCUAAAAGGGAGAUGUCCAGAGAGAGGAGUUCCCGAUCACCCAAGAAGGAAACUGUUGGGGAGGGAAGGAGAUCCUUGUCUCAGUCUCCAAAAGGAGAGACACUCAAAGAUGAGCGAAAAACACCAUCUCGAUCUCCCAAGAGAGAAACUGUCAGGGAAAGCAGGAGAUCAUCUUCUCGGUCAAGAACAAGGGAUUCGUCUCCGAGACAAAAAUCUAGAUCUCGAAGCAGUGAUAGAGAUUGUCAGAGAAGAGAUCGUGACAGAGAGAGAAGAAAUAGGAGAUGGUCUAGGUCCCGGUCACGAUCUAGGUCAAGAUCACAAUCAAGGACGAGAAACAAAGGUUCUUCAUUCUCUAGAAAUGAGAGGGAUGGUCAUUCACCUCGUUGGAAAGAUAGAUGGGCAAAUGACAGCUGGAGGAGUCCCAGAGGAAAUGAUCGAUACAGAAGAAGUGAUCAAGAGACACUGAAUGAAAGUCUAAAGGAGAAGGACAAUAUGGAAAAAAGCAGUGAUGCUCAGUGUUCUCCAGACAAGCGGAGGAAUGAUUGUCCAGACUGGGUAAUGGAAAGGAUAAACUCCGUUCCCGAGGUCAAGAACAGAGAUAGAGACAGACCUCAUUGGGAAGACAGCAGACACGAUAAUUCAGGGCAGUCGUGGAACAAAAACUUUGGACCAGGUUGGAUUCCAAAUAGGGGGAGAGGUCACCGUGGCAGAGGUGGGCGUGGAAGAGGUGGUUUCACAUACGGAGACCAGAAUGAAAAUCACUGGCAGAGUAGAAAACCUCUCUCAGGGAACUCAAAUGGUUCUGGGAAUGAAACUACAAGGUUCUCAGAGCAACAGCCAUACAAGCGUAAGAAUGAACAGGAUUCUUUUGAUACACCUGCUGAUAGAUCUGGGUGGACGUCUGCAUCCAGCUGGGCUGUAAGAAAGACUUUACCUGCUGAUGUGCAGAAUUAUUAUUCAAGAAGAGGACGAAACUCAUCAAGCCCACAGUCUGGAUGGGGAACUAGACAAGAAGAGGAGACACUUGAACAAGAUCCAAACCUCAAAGACCAAGGCAACCAGCAAAGUGAUGGUUCUCAGUUACCAGUAAAUAUGAUGCAGCAACAAAUGAAUGUAAUGCCGCCAGUGAAUGCACAGCACCAGCCUAUGAAUAUGUUUCCAUAUCCCGUGGGUGUCCAUCCUCCUAUGAUGAAUAUGCAACGAAAUCCUUUUAACAUCCCCCCUCCAGUGCCCAUGCAUCUCCAUACCGGAGUGCCUCUCAUACAGGUAGCUGCUCCCACAAAUUUGUCUCAGGGAUUACCUCCGCCUCCACCUCCACCCCCACCAUCUCAACAAGUCAACUACAUUGCUUCACAGCAAGAUGGAAAACAAUUGCAGGGUAUUCCAAAUGUUGCUCCUGUGAGUAAUAACAUGAGCGCUCCAGCCUUGCCUGCUCCAGCAGCAGUCCUGGGAAAUGUGGGAACUGUUCAGGGACCAACUUCUGGCAACGCGACGUCAUCGAGUCACAUCAAGGGCUCUAGUGCAGCCAUAAAGCUGGGAGAAAACAAAGCAAGUGUCACAGUGGAAGCCAGCGCAGAUAGCUCAAAGAAGGACCAGAAAUUGUUAAUUCAGGAAAAAGCAGCACAAGAAGUCAAACUGGCUAUUAAGCCUUUCUACCAAAAUAAAGACAUCACUAAGGAAGAAUAUAAAGAAAUUGUGCGGAAAGCUGUAGAUAAAGUUUGUCAUAGCAAGAGUGGAGAAGUUAAUUCUGCCAAAGUGGCAAAUCUGGUGAAAGCGUAUGUAGACAAAUACAAACACUCGCGGAAAAAGAACGCGGAAGAGGCAGUCUCCUGUGAAAGGAAAUGAUGUCAAUUCAGUCUUGAAUUUUAUUCUCUCUGCAAAGUGCAAUUUCAUCAUGAACCGUUCACUGAAAAUUGUACAUGACCGUGAUUUGAAUCUGGUUUUGAUAAAAUUAUUUUUCAAUGUAGUAUAUAAUGUUUUGUUCUAAAGAGAUCUAGAUCUGCAGGGCAACUUCUUUAUUCCUUUUUAAGAACAGAUGUCUACAAAAAAAGUAAAAGGUGUAAAGAGGAAUCACUAGGAAUGUACGAUUGUGUGGAUACUUAGAUGUACAGCAUUUUGACUUGAAUGACAGUGCAUUAAAUUAGACAUUUGUCUGAAUACAUUGAUUUUUGGUAACAGGUAUGUACAGUACAUCUAAUUGGUCAAAGUGGAAUUUUUGUUUUGAUUUCUUGAUGAUAGCAAAGAUGAAAUAAUGUAUUGCCUUGACAGAUACUUGGAGCGUUAAGUGGACAGGCUGAACGCAGGGCUCACAGCGUGUAUAUAAAGAGCACAUGGAGUUGUCUGAACAGAAGAACUGUUUGGAUUUUAAAAAGAAAAAUCAGAAACAGUGAAACUCGGUGCCCCAACUCAAGGGCACUGCCUACCUGUUGUAACACCAAAUAAAAGUUAUGCUGCUUGGUUUUGUUUGUGAAGUUUUUCAGUUUGUUUCAAGGUAGUGGGAUGAACUUGAUGAAUUUUUAUGUGCUGAAUGCCUUCCGUCACCGCGCUGCGACAACCUCAGCUCAUGCCUAAUCCUGCCCUCAGCCAGCACAGCGACAGGGAGCUUCUGUGCUGGAGCUGGAUGCUCAGGCACACCAACUCCUUGUUUCUUCAAGCAAGACCAAGAAAAGUUGGAGUUGGUUUCUGGGCUCCUGGCUGAUCAGAGAUAGCCAGGUGUGCCUACCUGAGCUGUGCACUGCUUCCCUGCAUUAGCUCGGGCCUGAAGCAUGGAGCACCAGCCUGCUGUCACUGGAAAUGCACCAUCUGAAGUACACCGGCUUUUACGCUUCCCCACGCACUUUCUGUGGAGAGGUCAGUAGAGGUACCACAAGCAUUUUGAAAGCAGAUACGGAGUCAUAAAAUGUGCUAGAAGAAUGCUUUCAGCUGAAGUAGAACGAAUGUUACUGAGCUGGCAGCAGGGAGGGUUGCCGAGAUGCAUACAAGCUCCUUUUGAGGAAGACAGCUUGGAAUCCUCCCAGAUUUGAGCAGAGAAGAAGCCCUUCUCUGAUAUUCACUCCGAGAUAGAAAUGCUUUUCUCAGGGAGAGGGGCUGCUACCACCUCAGCGCUGCCUUUGGGCCCAGCUCUGUCCCCUUGCUGCUGCGUGGGCUCAGCAUGGGGGCUGCUUCACCAGAGGCUCCUGGCCCCAAAGCACCAGCAAACCACGCAGACAGGAAGCAUCAGCUGAUGUUUCUGAUGCAUUUUCUCAGCAGCCAGUAGUUCCCCAAGUUACCUCUUCUUAACAGAGAGCUCGGCCUUACCCUCAUAGUAACUUCUGCAGAAGCCUGAAGAUGAAUCAAGGGCGAUACAGCUAUUAAGAAAAAAAAAAAAAAAGUGAUGCUUGUCACUUAAUUAUAACUUUCUACAGACUUAAUGAAGCCUUUGACUGUCUGUAUUUAUUUUUGUGUGCCUAAAUAAAAAUACUAUGUAAAUGAGAAACCGCUAUAAUACAUUUCCUACAAGCCAGGUUUUAGAUUUUUCCAAAUGCUCCGUUUUACACUGUGGUAGCAAUUUGUAUGAGCUCCUGAACUAUGUUAAGCUACAACGGGUUAGCACUUCUGGAGAAGUGUAGCAAAUUGCUAUGUCUAUCCCAGUUUAUCACGCCAUGCGUACUUACUUAUUACAUUUUACUUCUCUGGAUUUUUGGAAUUUGAAUGACUUCUUGUAUCUUUAUACAGUUGAGCCUUGCUAUAGAGCUCCUCUCCGGAGCCAUAGAAAUGUUUGUGUCUCUUUUUUCUUAUAAAGGAGAGGCGGAAAUUGUGUGGGGAGGAAUGAGGGAGGGUGGGAGCUGGGGGACGGGGCGGUGGCUAUAGUGAUGCUCCACUGUAUUUCGACACGAAGAACGGGAUAGAUUAGAAUGUGAUCAGGAACUUCACUUUGUCCAAUGGAAUAUUUCGGAACUUGCCAGAAAAAAGUAUGCAGUUCACUGCAAUUUCUAUGCUGAAUGAAAAACAAACAUAUUGCCUUAAUGCAUAGACUCUCCUAUUUUUCCCAAACAGCAGUGCGGUCUCUGUUGGUGUGACUGCCCAUGAAGGUGUGUGCAUUAACCUCGUAGUCAUGUUUCUGUUAAAAUAAUAUGAGAGCUGUAUUUCUAUUUAUUGAAGGUCUUGUACUGAAACUCCCGCGUGCACUAGUACUGAAGGCGAGUGCUGGGAGCACGGGGCGAACCCGGCCCUCUGCGCUAUGGGAAACUCAUUGGGUCCAAAUUGCCGUGAGGAAAACAAUUACAGAACUGUGUACUUUCUGUGAACUUAGGCCAAUGCCAGGGGCUCUCCCUGCGCUCCUCCCACUGUCUCACUGUGCAUGCUGCUCGAAUGUCUCACCCUGAAGAUGUAACCCAGGAGCGCAGUGGCUGUCCAGAGUCACUGGGUGGUGUUUGUAGCAUAAGGCCGCAGUGCUGUCUACUGAAAAAAAAAACUAGUUUUGUGUAGUGCUUAACAUUUUCUAAUAAAUUCUUUUCACUAA